AUGACUCCUUUUUAUUUCUUCCAUCAGAGUCUUUUAGGCGAGGACACUUCCUUCUUGGACGACGAGCUAGAUUCCAGGCCCAGUUCUACAUGUGUCAGCUCUUGCGCCUCAGUAUUAUCAACUCCCUCUUCUGCUGUUUCAUCCAACCUGCCAGGCGACACGAGCACAGCCACGAAGACUGCUUUUUUAACUGACUCUUUCUUCAAAGACACCCAACUACUCGCAUUGCCGGGCUCUAGCCAGACUCCAGCACUAUCACAACUAACAACUGUCAGACAGUCGCCUUCUGAGCCUUCUUUCUCUCUCUUAUCCGCUGGUCUGGCAGUUGAGGCAUGCAAUCUCUCCCUGGAUCCCAUUACAUUUGACCAGGAUUCACCCACAACCCUCUCUAUUCACAAAUCAGUUGAUUCCAGUGCUUCUUCAGCUGAUCAGAUAAAUAUCAUAAGAAAUCCACUUCUUUCGAAUAUGACGCCAGCUGUGGCCGUCCACUUUGCAGUUGAAUCCCUUAGUAAUAAUAAAAAAGGUGAUGGGCCUGCUUGCUACCGCACUAAUGUAAAUGCACAUUGUCUUGCAUCAUUGGCUAGCGGCCAUAAUGAUGUGCGAAGACCUGUCACUAUCGUCCAGGUUUUCGGUAGUGAGAAAAGUGAUGGAAAGGCGGUGAUGGCAGAGAGUAGAGCCAUUCACGAAGAUGCAGCGAUCAAUUGA